AUGGCAUACAGGAGAAGGCAAGGUAUAUCCAGGGCUUCCACUUUCAAGGAAGAAUUUCAUGAUCCAUCAUCAUUGGAUGGUGUUAAGGAUUCUGAUCAUGACAAUGCUUCUCCAUCAAUCUUCUCACCUCCCUCUUCAACUUCUUCAUCAUCUCUCGCAGCUCAAGCCGUCAAAGCUUCUUCUUCUCGUAACCAACCCUCUCUUUCCUUUGCUUUUUCCCCCCCUGAGUCCGACCAACAAAGAUCCAAGAGCUUUGAGGCUUAUACAAAUGGCAACUCCAAGUCUGGUUUCUGGGGUGUGAUUGCGCAAAAAGCCAAAUCAAUUCUGGAUGAUGAUAAUAAGCCAAUCCCAGAACAUGACACCAAGCCCCAAACACCCAAAUCACAGUCAUCUAGUACCGAUUCAGCCCCUUCUGCAACUCAGAACUCUCCUUCACAAUUAAGGCCAGUAUAUGAAUCCCUCGACAUUAACAGAAAAGUGGAGAAUCCUAAAUUUCGGAAGGGCUUGGAUAGAAUUACUUCAUCCCUCAAUCAACUAGGUGACACUUUUGAGAAGGCUUUUGAGGAAGGCCGAACAAUUGUGGAGAGUAAGACAGCAGAUCUGAGAACUCAAAUCAGAAGAAAAGGAAAUAACUCCGGGGACACAAACCAAACUUCAGAUUUGAGAAACCCAUUGCAAGAAGCAGCCCAGAUAGAGAAGCUGUCUAACCAUGAAACGAAACUCAAGGCAUCACGCGACGUGGCGAUGGCAACAGCUGCGAAAGCCAAAUUACUUCUUCGGGAACUAAAAUCCGUUAAAGCAGAUUUGGCUUUUACUAAAGCAAGGUGUGCUCAACUUGAAGAAGAAAAUAAAAUACUCCGGGACCGAGAGGGCAGUGAGAAGGGACAGAACCGUGAAGAUGAAGAUGAUAUGAUAAGGCAUCAAUUGGAGACACUUCUUGCUGAGAAGGCUCGUCUGGCGAAUGAGAAUGAGACAUAUUCUAGGGAGAACCGUUUCUUAAGAGAAAUUGUGGAGUACCAUCAGCUGACCAUGCAGGAUGUGGUGUACAUAAAUGAGGGCAUGGAAGAAGUUACUGAAGUUUACCCUUCAGAUUCAUCUGGGAUGACACGGUUGCUAUCAGUCUCUUCAUCACCUGACAAGGAUGUUCUGCUGUCACCAAGGCCACCUAUGCUGUCAAAAGAAUUAUUUACUGUGAUAGAAGAUGAGGCUCCUUCUACUGUCUCAGUUUCUCCACAUACAAAAUGA